CAGGACAAAAUCUGUGCAGUGGGCACGCCAGCCGCCCGAAACAACUCAUGCCUGCUGGCUGUGCAGUUUGUUUUGUUUUGUGUGUGUGUUUUGGUUUCGCUGCUGCUGUGUGGCUGGCUCCGCACCUUGACAGAACAGCCAAACCAAACCUCCCUCGUCAGCCACCAACUCAGCGUCUUCUCCCGGCUGGGUCGUCAGUGGAGCUGGCGGGCUGGUUCCUCUCCCCCUUGACUCACUCACUCUGUGUGUGUGUGUGUGUGUGUGACUCACACUCUCUAGCGAUCCAUCGUGGUCACUUCCCGUCCCCACACCGCUGGUUCUGCUGCAUAAGAUCGUGUGUGCGCCGGCAGUGGAACGUUUGGCUGCUGUCCUUCCUCUUUCGCCCCACAACGGCAACGACAACGGCUACGGCAACAGCGUCGACAACGACAACGGCGUCGGCAGCGACCACAGUUAGCCAGUGACCCUGUGCUCUUCGCAGUGUGUGUUUGAGCGUGCACCAUGGACAGGGGAAGUGACUCUUCAGACACUGGGAGCGUCCGCAGCUCCGUGGGCAGUCUGGGACAACGGCCUCCCAUGGCGCUUCCACCCAUGCGCCAGAAUAACCCGCACCUGCAUGCGCACAGCCGCCCGUCGUCUCUGAUGGGAACCCAGGCAACUGAACCACCGCCACCCCAUCCUGGCCCGGCUCCAACAUGGAGGGAGGCUGCCGAUUACCUGUGUGCUGCCAAGGUGCUUCCUGGGCUACCCUCUUGCCCCGUUGAACUUGCCAGUGAGCUUCGUGACGGUACGCGGCUCUGUCAACUGGUUCAGCUCCUGUCCCAAGACCAGCGCGUGGAUUUCAACCAACAGCCUCGACGCGAGUUCUUGUGCGUGGAUAACAUCCAUCGGUUCCUGGCGUACUGCUCGGACGUUGGCAUGGCCAAGGAGUCUCUCUUCGAGGCUGAGGACUUGUUUAAUGGCGUGCACUUUGAACGUGUCGUCAGCACCCUCUCCCAACUCUCGACCACACCAGCCUCCAUACAGCAAGGCCUUCCGCGGUUUCCUGCAGAUCGACGCGCAUCUGUUGCUGUUGCAGAUGACGAUGACGAUGACGAUGAUGAGGACGAGAGCGUGUACGAGAACCUGUCUGAGCUCCUGGAGAAGCUCGAUUCGUCACAGCCCAUCGACCUCAUCGUGCCCGCAUCGCCAACAACCCCGCCGGAUGGCGGUGCAAGCGGCCUCGCAGAGGACACAGCAUCGUCCCUUGUUGUGGACCACGAAGCAGACAUCUACAGCUCCGUUGUGCGCUCAAGCCAUUACGGGGAACUCAAGCGCAAGGCGAAGCAGCGUAGUGAGCGGCGCAUGUGCUGUUAUCAGGAGCUCGUGGAAACAGAGCGAAACUUCCUCGAAUGCCUGCACAUCACAGAUGCAUGCUACCGCCAGCCGCUCAUGACCCUGCUCAAGGAAAACCCAGCCCUCGCACCAGAGACAGGUGUGUGUGGGUCCGUGUUUGUCGAGCAUCGAAACGAUUUGCUCGUGUACGCGGAGUACUGCGUCGAUCUCCCACAAGCAAAAGCGAUCAUGAAGGAGCUCACGAGCAACAAGGAGGUCGCGGCGGCACUCAAGCGCAUGCAACUGCAGAGCAAACAAAAGUUCCCGCUCACAGAUCUCCUCAGCGUGCCGAUGCAGCGCGUGCUGCGGUAUCCGCUGUUGUUGAAGGAGCUCGUCAAAUUGACGGCGGCGGAGGACCCGCGCCUGGAAGCCCUGCAGUCCGCACUCAGCACAACGCAGGACGUCGCAAAACACGUCAAUGAGUGCAAGCACGACAUUGAGAACUACGCUAUUGUACAGCGGCUUGAGCACACCUUAAAAGACUAUGUCGUCGGCACGAGUGGCUGUGUUCCAUUGGUCGAUCACGGGCGGCUGCUAAUUGACGGCGAUGUGAAGCUCCGGUUGGAGAGUGAUGGCCGCGCAGCAAGAAGGUACAUUUUCUUGUUCCAGCGAGUGAUGCUGGUGUGCAAAGCAAAGAACACUGGCUACCACUUCUUCUUCAGCAUGAACUUGAAGGACUUUCACAUCGAGCCAGAAUGGGUGAAAGGCGCCAAAAUUGGAGUCAAGCUGACAACCAAAGUGCCCAGCGCGAUGGCGUUCAACUCGACUCUAAUUUUCAAGUCACCGGCGACGCGGGACAAGUGGGAAGAGCUGCUUCGGUUUGCCAAAGCAGAGUGCUCAUUGGAUGCACCGAAGCAUCCAAAAGGCGGCACGCAUUACUUCCUUAUCCACUCUUUCGACAAACCACACACAUGCGACCAGUGCAACCUCCUCCUGUGGGGGAAGUUCAACCAGGGCCUUCGGUGUCGAUAUUGCCACUAUGCGGCACACCGCCAGUGCUCAGAAAUGGUCGAUCCAACGUGCAAGAAGAGCCCACAGAACCAAAGCAUCCGAGAUCUCUUGCAGCGACAAAAGCAGCCCGCACCGGACAAUUCGGACGGGCGGGAAGUGGAGCCAUCGAUUCGCCGCCGCCUCGCAACUGCUGACAAAGCAGCGCAACAACAACAGCAGCACAGGUUUUCAGGGGCAGCGGUGCACGAAGGCAGCGCAACAAGAGUGCAAGGCAGUGGCAGCGGUGAUACUUCAAAGCACGAUGGGGAUGUGGGUGUUGGCGGUGGCGGAGGCGGUGGUAACGAGGAUGAUGAUAUUCGACCACCACCGCUGAAGCCGCGCGCAUCGAGUGGCGAGUGGCAGACACCAACAACAACCGCCAACAGUGAUGCGACGCCCCUGUUCUCCAAACACCAUCCCUCCCACGUGCACGUGGGUGGUGGUGCUGAGACACAGCCCCGCUCGCCCUCCUCCUCAUACACUCCGAGCGACCCGCUCACGGCCUCGCCUGCACAGCAGGAGGAGGCAGCAAUUGGCGACCGCAUGUAUGCAGUGCACACUUUCCACAAUCGCCGCGACUCAAGACGUGGUGACCUCGAUUUCAAGCGGGGGGACUACAUUGUGCUGCUUGACAAAUCGUCACCGCACUGGUGGAAGGGACGGCAUGAGCGCACAGGACAAAUCGGCAUGUUCCCAGUUUCCUUCUGCAAGAGCGUUCGGCCGCACGAGCCUGCGCCCUCCGCCGUUCCACCGAAGCUGUCUACAGCGGCUGCACGUGCAUCAACAACGGCCAGUGCGGGCGUGUUCAGCAACGUUCCGGCGCGAACUUCCUCACAGCUCAUGACCAAGGGCCCAGUUGUGGACCCGCUCGCGUCCCAACGGGUUACCGCUGUCAAGCGACUGCAAUCGAGACCAACGCACGGUGACACAGAAGCGCCGCCUGUGCCGCCAAAGUCUGAACGUGUGCAACUUCAGAUGCAGAGCAGCUCCCCUUCGGCCGAGCAGUGUGACGAUUGCGCUGCACCGCCUUCACAGCCAAGCACAGGCUCGCCCCCGCCCCUUGCCGCCCGGCAACAACCCUCCACCCAAUGGUUCGUUGGUGAGAUGAGCAGAGCCGAUGCGGAAGAACACCUUCUGCUGGCGCGCGACGGCUCGUUUGUGGUUCGCCAAUCUGCCAACGCAGACAACAGCUUUGUGAUCAGCCUGAAGCACAAAGGCAUUGUGCGGCAUCUUCGUAUCGUCGCCUCCGAGCGCGGGUUCCUUCUCGGGGCCUCGAAGACCUUUCCCACAAUCCCAGAGCUGAUCAAGCACUUCCAGAGGGAAUCGCUGGAGGUGCACUUCCCAGACAUUGACAUGCCACUUCUCUUUGCGUGUGGUACCAGAGCUUUCUCUGCAUCUUCGCCGCGGUAUGCUGCCACGUACUCGUUCAGUGCUCAGGCGAAGGAUGAGCUGUCCUUCGAAGAAGGGGAUGUCGUGGAGAUCCUCAAGAAGACUGGUUUUGGGAAAGGCUGGUGGCUGGGCAGAACGCGUCAUGGAGAAGGUCUUGUGCCCUCAAACUAUCUGGAACCAAUGGACAGCCACUGUUAGAUUUCGUGUUGAACACCUGCUUUCUCUUUACUGGGCCCGCGCAUGUGUUACCCUGUUCACCUCUUCCAUUGUCGUUAUUCUGCCCCAAGAACCGAAGAACCGCGGGAGAGACAGAUAAACUGAUCAUGCAACAAG